UCAGUUCCUUUUUUUGUUUUGAUAACAUUUUUUACAUUCAAAAUUACAUUAUAUUACGAGUUGUACAAAACAAUACAUUUGGAAUAUUUUCUAUGCGGUUAAAAUGUAAAAUUCACCUUAGCACUAGUUUUCAAAUAAGAAGCAAAUGAACACAUCGUAAAGGCACGCGUCGUUGGUCCUCCACGUCAUCAUUAAGCGCCUUUUGUUUAUGAACAGCCGUUUUUUGACAAUCGGGUUAAAAUAUUUCAACCGACAGAAAGACUAUUUGAGAAACAAAUUGCAUGACUGCAACGAAAGUUAUGCGGUUUAAAUACUCCGAUAGUGGGAGUUUGUUUAAAAAACAAAUAGUUGACGAAAUGAGGAAAAUCGUUCAAAAGAUAUGCCCCAGUCCGGUGAAAUAACACAGUUGCUUAAACGUGAGCAAACAUGGAGGAAGAGGAAGCACUUGGUGAGCAGCUGUACAGUCGCAUUUACCCCAAACACAGCGACGAUGCUGGUAAACUGACAGGUAUGCUGCUGGAACUUCCUGGUCAUGUUUUGAGUCAGAUACUGCAAGAUGAGGCCAUGCUCAAUGCAGCUGUGGAAAAAGCAGUUGGCGCUUUGCAGUUGGACCAGAAAGAGCCCAGUUGCAGCAAAAUAAAGAGUAAAGAAGAAGAUGACCUUUCGGUGUCUUCAGACUCUUUGGGCGAGCAGCUUUUUGACCUUGUAAAUGUUUUCGACACUGGUUACUCACAGAAGAUCACCGGUAUGUUACUGGAGCAGCACAAGAAGGCGGUUUUAAACCUUCUCUCAGAUCCCAAACAGCUGGAAGAGCAGGUGAACAAAGCGCUCAGGACUUUAAAAGAACAGCAUGUGGAGGAGACAGACAUCAGUGACUUUUCAGACACUGAAGAUGCAGAGAGGUUGGGAGAAAAGCUUUUCUCACUGGUGGAGAAAUUAGACCAGUGUCAUGCACACGACAUUACCGUUCCCUCUUUGUGUAGGCAUGCUGCUGGAGAUGGACACAGGUGUUCUCCACCAGCUGCUAAGUGAGCGUACCAUGCUGGAGGCUGCUGUGCAGAAAGCACAAGCAGCUCUGGAGACAUAAACAAGAAUACAAUCCAUAUUGGUGUUGUGAGAUGGACAACUGAACUUUGGACUGAGAACAAUGAGUACAAGUUUAAGCUUUUGACUUACUUGA